AUGGUGAAGGCUGUUAUUUUGGUUGGUGGGGAGACCACCGGCACCCGCUUCAGACCCUUGACAAUGGACUACAUUAAGUGUCUUUUCCCGAUCGCUGGUAAGCCCAUCAUUAGCCACAUCCUCGAUAAACUCGUGAAUGACUUAGGCAAUGAAUUGGAAGAGGUGUUCCUCAUCAGCUUUUUUAAAGAUCCAUCCAAGUUCGAUUCUUAUCUCAAGGCGAGCAAAUCUGAGUUCCCAGGCGUGAAGAUCACCUUAUUGACAGAACCAACACCUAUGGGAACUGGUGGUGGUAUCUUCUUCUUCAAAGAUCAAAUUCUCGGUGGAAACUCAGAAUCAUCAAUCCUAUUCAUCCAUGGAGACAUUGUCUGCGAUUAUCCCUUCAAAGAGAUGUUGGAGUUCCAGCAGAAGAGUUCAUCUAAAAUCUCCAUCAUGGGUGUAGACCCGCUUGUCUUGCUUAAAGACCAAGUUUUCCUGGGAUUGGACAAGGAACAAGUUCUUCGCAAGUACGGUACUGUCUUCUCGAACAGAAAAUCCCAUGACGUGGUUCACUACAUCGAGAAGCCUGAAUCUGACAGUUUUGCCAAGUUCAGUGACACCAACUAUCAGACUCACAUCAACGGUGGAAUUUACGUCUUUGGGGCUUCAGUAUUUAAGCAAUUGGAGGAAGCCAAAGCAAGAAAAGUGGGUUCCCUGGACUUCAAGGCCGCUGGAAACGACUUGGAUGACCCUUACAACCCCGACAUCUUGUCAUUAGAAUUGGAUGUCUUCAAAAGCUUACCAGGAACCGAGGGAAGUAACUUCAGAGCUUUUGGUAUCGAGAAGCUGUGGUAUCAACUAUCCACUCCACAUAUUGCUCUCGCCGCAAACGAGUUCUUCCUCAAACAAAGCCCAGGCAAACCCUCUGCUUGUUUGACCCCACCCAUCAAGGUGUUGAGUAAGUUGGGCUGCAAGGAGUGCAAACUUGGACCCAAUGUUACCAUUGGCGCAAAUGUCACUUUGGGAGAGGGUGUUCGACUCAAAAACUGCAUUAUUUGCGACGAUGUGACCAUUGGGGCACAUACUAUCGUGAGCAAUGCCAUCAUAUCACUGGGAGUGAAAAUUGGCAAGUGGUGCCGUGUCGAAGGUACCUUGAACGCACCCAUCAGCCAAGCCAGUGUCGAGAACUCUUCUACAUUCUUGAGCAAUUUGGUUGUAUUGUGUAAGGAUACUCUAGUGAGCAACCAGGUGUUCGUCUACAACUCUGUUGUGCUUCCUCACAAGGAAUUGAAGUCGGACACCAAGUACGAGAUAGUCUGUGCAACCUGGGCUGACUCUAACACAUAUCUGAAAACGGCAUUAUUUGAACAGGUUUCUGUAAGAGCUAGAGCUUGUGCCUUGGAGAGAUUGGUACCGGAGCCGAUCUCUUUGUACUUGGUAAGAAGGAGAGAAGAGAUCAAGGACGGCGAGUGGGUUCUGGAGGAGAUUUUGAACAAUGUUCGGAAAGCUGGCGCAGCUGCCGCAAAAGAAAGCAAAAAUUUGAAGAACAACAUGAAAAGUGGAAGAGCCGAUGAAGAAGCCCGGCUCGGGCUCGGGUCUCUGAAAAUGAAGCAGCUGUCAUUGAUGGCUUUCUUCAAACCAGCACCUUCAAAGACGCCCUCUAGUCCUCUUAAGUCCAAGGGGAAUGAGGUUGAAAGUGAUAAAGACGUUGACUCGAGCAUGAUGGAGGACACUACAACUGACACGCCGUUGACGCUGGAAACGAACCAUGUCCCUGCCAAAGAGCCUAACCUUCGGUCAUCCCCAGUUAGAGAGUCAAAGCCAAAGGAGGAGACUCAGCCCAAGAAGGAAGUGUCCAAGCCUAAGCAAGAGUCGAGCUCUAGCCCAAAUAAUGGCUCUCGCAGAAACAAGAGCGUCAGCUACGCGGAAUCCGACUCAGAGGACGAAGAUGUGCCCAGCAGAAGGAAGAGAAGAAGAGUGGUGGAGAGCGACGAUGAAGAUGACUUCAAGCCUACCGAGGAUGCUGACGACGAUGACGACGAGCACAUGAGUGACUUUGUGGUGAAUGAGGACGAGAGCGACGUCGCCCUGAUGGAUGAAGAUGACGAUGACGAGGACUCAUACGCAUCGACAAAACCAGUCAAGAAGAGGAAGAGCCCCAAGUCCUCGACCCAGUCGCCUCCGGCGAAGGCCGUGAACCUCGCUAGCUCCAAUUUGGGCAGCAAGUUCACAGCGUCCUCGAGUUACACAGCCCUGGCGGCUGCAAAGCCAGCGGCCAAACCUAAACCUCAGACGAAGUCAUUCGCCAAAGAGAAUGAGGAGAGGUACCAAUGGCUUGUGAACAUAAAGGAUGCCGAGAAGAGAACCGUGGACGAUCCAGACUACGACUCCCGUACGCUUUACAUUCCUUCAUCAGCGUGGACCAAGUUCACUGCAUUCGAGAAGCAGUAUUGGGAGAUCAAGAGCAAAAUGUGGGACACAGUUGUCUUUUUCAAGAAGGGAAAAUUUUACGAAUUGUACGAAAAUGACGCAGUCAUUGCCAAUACCCAGUUUGAUUUGAAAAUCGCCGGCGGUGGAAGAGCAAACAUGAAGUUGGCUGGUAUCCCAGAAAUGUCCUUCGAGUACUGGGCUAAGGAGUUUAUAAGCAAUGGCUACAAAGGUGGUGGCACAAAAGAGGAAAAGAUCAUCAAGCGUGAACUCACGGGUAUCUUGACCGGUGGUACACUCACUGAUCUUGAUAUGAUCAGUGACGACAUGGCUACUUAUUGUUUAUCUAUCCGGGAAUCCACUAAUGAGGAAGGCGAGAAGGUAUUUGGUGCAUGCUUUGUCGAUACUGCAACCUCUGAAGUCAAUUUCAUUGAGUUGGUUGACGACGAGGAGUGUUCUAGAUUGGAUACCUUGAUUACUCAAAUCAAACCAAAAGAGAUCUUGUGCGAGAAGAACAACUUGUGUUCAACUGCUGUCAAGAUCAUCAAGUUCAAUGCCCAUAACUCGCAUCAGAUCUGGAAUCACCUCAACCCAUUUUCUGAAUUUUUGGACUACGAUGCUACUUUGGAGGCAUUGGUCAAGGGGAAAUACUACGAGGCCAAAGACCUUGAUGACUUCUCUAAUUACCCUCAGGUGCUUUUGGAUUUCAAGGAUAAACACCAUGUGGCCUUCCAUGCGUUUGGUGGCUUGUUGCAUUACCUUAAGUUGUUGAAGCUCGAUGAGAGCAUCAUGUCCUUGGGAAACAUCAAGCAAUAUGAGAUUUCUAAGAGAGGCUCGAACCAUUUGCUCCUAGACGGAAUCACACUCAACAACCUUGAAAUGCUCAAUAAUUCAUUUGAUGGUGGAGACAAGGGAACACUCUUCAAACUCCUUAACAAGGCAAUUACGCCCUUUGGUAGGAGAAUGUUGAAAAAGUGGAUUCUUCACCCGCUCAUGAACGUUGACGAGAUCAACGCAAGGUACGAUGCCAUUGAUUUCUUUAUCAACAAUGAACCUGAACUUCGUGUUGAAUUAGAAAGCACAUUCGGCGCCCUUCCAGAUUUGGAAAGGCUCAUUGCAAGAGUUCAUGCAAAGACAUUAAGAUUCAAGGACUUCCUCAAGGUUAUUGAGGGUUUCGAGUCGAUCUCGAAGAUCUUCAAGAAUGUUAAGAAGUUUGACAUUGAACAGUCUGGUGCGUUGAAGAAGUUCAUAAACCGCUUCCCCGAUGAACUCCAUGAACUUAUCGGUUCAUGGGAAGAGGCCUUCGAUAGACAGGAGGCUAUGGCGAAUGUGGUCGUGCCUGCUAAGGGCGUCGACGAAGAAUUCGAUUCGUCUACUGCAAUUAUGGAGGACCUUGAAAAGCAACUCAACAACUAUCUUAAAGGGUACAAGAAAGAAUACAAGUCCCAUGAGAUCUGUUUUAGAGACUCAGGAAAGGAGAUCUUCCUUAUUGAAAUGCCAAUCAAAAUCAAGUCGAUUCCAAAGGACUGGCAACAGAUGGGCGCAACAUCGAAGGUCAAGAGAUACUGGUCUCCGGAGGUGAAGGCCACGGCAAGAAGUCUCAUGGAACAAAGAGAAACUCACAAGACAGUUUGCGACAACUUGAUUCUGAGAAUGUACCAAAGAUUCGACAAACACUACGAUUUGUGGAUGUCUGCAAUCAAAAUCGCCAGCAACAUUGACUGCUUGCUUGCUUUGACAAAGACCUCCGAGACAAUCAGCUUCCCAUCUUGUCGUCCAACAUUUAUAUCAGACUCGGAUUCCAAGAUCGAAUUUGAUGAGCUUCGACACCCAUGUUUCUUAGGUACCAGUGACUUCAUUCCAAAUGAUGUUCACCUUGGAGGAUCCGAAGCCAGUUUCAACUUGUUGACUGGUGCUAAUGCUGCUGGUAAGUCGACACUUAUGAGAACUACUGCCUUGGCUGUUGUCAUGAGUCAGAUAGGUUGUUACUUGCCGGCUUCGAAAGCUACAUUGACACCUGUUGACAAGAUUAUGACGCGUUUGGGUGCCAACGACAACAUCAUGCAAGGCAAGUCCACUUUCUUCGUCGAGUUGUCCGAAACAAAGAAGAUCUUAAGCAAUGCCACUUCCAACUCGCUCGUUAUCCUCGAUGAAUUGGGAAGAGGCGGAUCUUCAAGUGAUGGUUACGCCAUAGCCGAAUCUGUAUUGCAUCAUCUUGCCACACACGCGCAACCCCUCGGGUUCUUUGCUACUCACUACGGAAGCAUGGGUCUCUCAUUUGUCAACCAUCCUCGCAUCAAGGCCAUGAGAAUGGGCAUCGUGGUGGACCAAAACUCGAGAAACAUUACAUUCUUGUACAAGCUAGAAGAAGGAACUGCAUCAGGCUCUUUCGGCAUGAAUGUUGCUGCCAUGUGUGGCAUCCAGAGUGAGAUUGUUGAUAAGGCUGAAGUGGCUGCAAAAGAGUACGAGCAGACCUCAAAACUCCUGGAUGAGCACCAAAAGCAGCACAUCAGCAAGAUGAGCAUCGGCCUUCAAAGUGACUUUUCUUGGGCUUACCAGCACUACGGCGAUCUUGAAGAAAGUGUUUUACGAUAUGGCGAAACCGAAAAGGCCAAUGCUCUCGAGUGUGUCUUCCGCAUGAUCGAGACGCUCUAG